UGGAUGAUAUUAAUUUUUUUUUUAGAUAGUGGGAUAACAUUUGAUUAAAGCUUUGAUGAAAUAGUAAAAUAGAAAAUAUAUUUUUUUAAUGUACUUUAUAUCGAUUACCACUAGAUUCAUAAUGGUUGCAUUCAUAAUGGUUACUUCUUUAGCAAAUUUUUACUUCGAUGCCAAUCCUUUCCUGUUAAGUAUUUGGAGAUAAUCUCAUUCUUUCCAAAUUUUAUUUUCCACCAUAAUUAUGUGGACAAGCAGACAAUAUCGUUCGAAAAGUUUUGCAAAUUCUUUCAAUAACGUAAAUAAAUUUCUCGUUAAUGAUUUUUCUUUUGCAUUUUACAAAUGUAAUAAAGAUUUAAGUUUAUACCAAUAUUUUACAUCUUUACGACGACAAAAUUUAAAAGGACCGGGAGUUAGCCGCAUUAAUAGAAUUAAUGCAAACAAUUAUAUUGAAAAGCUCUCUAGAAAAAGAGAACAAAAGGAUGCAUCUUCUGAAUAUAAUAAAAUACAACCGGAUAUUAUCCAAAAAUCCUUUGGAGUUCUAAAUUAUUCUCAUCCAGCGGCGUCAAUUUUACAAAACUCGGCUCUAGCAGUAGCUCGACAAUUAGAAAUGCUUAAUGUCUUUUUGGGAUUUGAACAAGCAAAUAAAUAUGCUAUCCUUGAUCCCAACGGAAAUCACGUAGGGUAUAUUGUUGAAGAGGAAUCUUUUGCUUCAACUAUUUUGAGACAACUGUUUAGAACACACCGAAAGUUUAAUGCCAUGAUUAUGGACUUGGAUGGUCAAUUGAUUUUGAAGAUUAGAAGACCAUUUGCGUGGAUCAAUUCUCGUAUAUUUAUCAGUACUAACGAUGAAUACUUAAUCGGAGAAGUCCAUCAACAAUGGCAUCUAUGGCGAAGACGAUAUAAUUUGUUUAUCAAUCAAAAACAGUUCGCAAGGAUUGAUGCUGGUUUCUUAUCAUGGGACUUCAACAUUGAAGAUGAACUCGGUGAUGUUCUCGGAAGUGUUAAUCGUAAUUUUUCAGGUUUUGCUAGAGAGAUUUUUACCGAUACAGGACAAUAUGUAAUAAGAAUGGAUUCUGCACAAAGCAGUUCUAAACAUUUGUCAUUGGAUGAACGUGCUGUUAUAUUAGCAGCUGCUGUUUCUAUAGACUUUGAUUAUUUUUCAAGACAUUCUGGGCAUGGGGGGUUCGUAUAAUGAAUUGUUUUAACAUACAUUGAUCAAAAGGCUGCUAAAUUAUUUUAUUUAUAUUUAUUAGAUUUUUGCAUCAUUUUCCUUUUAUUACUGGAGAUGAAAAUGGCGAUUAUGAUGAUUAGGAUGAUCGAAUAUUAGCAUUAUUAUUAUAUUACAAAUAAAGUUAGAUUUAAAUAUUCGAAGUUUAUUGUGCCAGU